CAACCCAAUACUAUAAUGAUGAUGAUAUCCUGUUAUCCCUCAUCAGGGACAUAGGGCUCUCAGAAGGGAUUUCCAUCUCCGGCCUCCGGCAGGCCUCCAGGCUCCGCCCAGCCGAGGCCAACUGAUGUCGCCUCCUUUUCCACUGUGCUUUUCAAGAUAAACCAAAAUAAUAGACUAUUCUUUUGUCAAUGAUUUAUGAAAAAAAAACUGUCUGAAUUCUGUCAAAUGUCUAAAUUAAUGAGUAUGCAAAAAUUGUACAUUAUUUUAAAUACCUAACGUAAAAUUUUAAAUUAUGGCCAAUAGAAACAUUACAGAUACACAACCCAGGCACAUGACUUUCUCAAACUCGAAAGUACCCAUUAUUGGAUGCUUCAUAGACUACUUUGACAUUGGUUUCAACUACUUGUUCAGUAAAUCAUUUUCCAGGGGCGAAAAGCUCCAGUCCAGCGGGAAAAAACCUUCUCUGUCACCCACUUUCCUAGCGUUUACCUGUCUUUUGCUUGGAUUUGUUGCCAAUGUGAAAUUGGAAGUUGUGAGAUUCGACGAAGCACCGCUGAACUAUGAUUUGCACUUCAUGCUGAUGAGCAAAGAAGAUAAUAUUUAUAUUGAUGACAUCGAUCCUUCUCGUGUUAUGUGGUGUAUUGAAGCUUCUGACUGCUCUGCUUUGCUCAUCAGCUGUGUACUUAUAUGGAAUUACUCAAAUGCAGUAAGUAAAUUCUAUCGCUCAUUGAAGGAUAAAGAAACAAAAGUUAGGUGUAUGGUGAAUAUCUGUAUCUGUACUAUAUAA